CUAACUAAAACUUGUUGCGAUUGACAGCUAGUUUAUAUUUCGACGGCUGGCUUGCUAACAAAGUUGCACACUACGUAGCGUCUCGGGUCUUUUCUCUGGAUUGCGUCCGAAUUUACACGAACCAGGAUGGCAGCCGCUAAGCAACCAAAAGAAAAGCAUCCUGUGGAUAUUGUUCAUCAGAACGCAAUUCACGUCGAGACCAUAAAGAAGGAGAAUAGGAGUCAACAAUUGUACACGGUAUUUAGCAUAAACCCGUACAAAAGACUUCAUGUUUUGACUGACAAGCCUAUGGCCAGCCCCACCCACGACAACAUAGAGGAUCCUGCUUUCCUGAAGAUCAUCCACAGGGCUUGUUUGGAACCAACCAAGAAAUACACUCACCCCCAAACUGAGAGCCAAGAGAUAGGCUGGAUAUCCAGACCUCUGAUUGUUUCAGAUCGCAGCGAUAGGAGACUGAACUGGCCCCGGCAGAACUCUGAGAUCACCAAGUACAUGGAUGCAGCAUGGCGUCUGAAAGAACAGACACAGAACCUGGGCUAGAUCGCCGGCCUACUACAAGUAGGCUACAAGACUCAAUUUGGAUAAACUACUGGAUAAUUGGCCUCUUUGCUGGAUAUCAAUUGAGAAAUAUUAAAUGGAAACAUGGCUAUGAA